AGAUUCCUCAUUGACGGCCUUUUGAUUUAACUCUUUUUGUCUCAUUGCAGCUUCUUGAUUCAUCCUAGCCGAUUCUCAUUGAACACUUCCUUAUAGUAAUCGGAAAGAAAGAAACAGUUUGUCUUCCUCAUUUUUUUUUACUUCCUUAUUUGGCCAUUUGAUUGACCCCUUCAAAAGAAACCCAUACAACACCACCUUCAUAAAAACCAAACCCUUUUGUCACCUUUAGUCCUCCAACUACUCGUUCCUCUAAAAUUUACUCUUUUCAAGUUUCGCUGCAGUUCUUGUCCUUUUGUUCUUUUUCUAAAGCUCAUUUUUCACUCUCUCUUCUAGUUCUCUGGAAAGCAGUGAGGAGAAGAAGAGGAAAAACCAUGGCGUUUGUAAUUCCUUCAUUCUUGAGGAUUUUAUCUGUUAUUGUUUUCGGGGUUCUGGUUUUGGAUUGCUCUUUUGUCAAGUUGGGAUCUCUGGCUCAAGUUUUGCCUACAGAAGAAGUGGAAAUUCUUCAAACAAUAUUUACAAAAUUGAAGACCUCCUGGAACGUUACCCAAGAUUCUUGCAGUAAACCAGAGUGGAAAUUGAACUUCACAGAUGACCUCGUUUCAAGCAAUGUCACGUGCGACUGUUCAUUUGAAAACGGCAACGUUUGUCACGUCACAAACAUCCUGCUGAAGGCUUUGAACUUGACAGGAGUUUUACCCACUGAAAUAGGGAAACUUACUUUUCUGGUUCAACUUGAUCUCACUCGUAACUAUAUUAAUGGAACAAUCCCUGCAAGUCUUGCUCAGCUCCCUAACCUUCGAAACUUGUCCCUUUUGGCGAACCGUCUCACCAGUUCAAUUCCUCAGGAAAUUGGAAACAUUGCUACUCUGGAGGAACUGGUUCUGGGAGAUAAUCUUCUUGAAGGACCUCUCCCUUCAAACCUUGGAAACUUGAGGAGCUUGAAGAGACUCCUUCUUUCUGCAAACAAUUUUACAGGAGUGAUACCAGAUACAUUUGGCAAUUUAAAGAACUUAACUGACUUUAGGAUAGAUGGGAAUGAACUGUCAGGGAAAAUACCCGAAUUUAUUGGGAACUGGGCCAACAUUGUUCGGUUAGAUUUGCAAGGAACGUCCAUGGAGGGUCCUAUUCCUACUACCAUAUCGCUCUUGACAAACUUAAUUGAAUUGAGAAUAUCCGAUUUGAAUGGAGCAAGUUCAAAUUUCCCUGAUCUCAAGGCUUUGAAAAAAAUUCAGAGACUGAUACUGAGAAAUUGCUUAAUGAUUGGUACAAUCCCAGAAUAUGUUGGAGACAUGACAGAAUUAAAACAAUUGGAUCUUAGUUUCAAUAAGUUGACAGGCCCAAUUCCAGGCACAUUUAAGAGAUUGCAAAAAUUAAAUUACAUGUUUCUGACUAAUAACUCGUUGACUGGAAUACUACCUGACUGGAUAUUGAACAGUAAACAGAACUUGGAUGUAUCUUACAACAAUUUUAUGGGGUCAUUAAUGAUUGGUUGCCAGCAGCCAGAAGUGAACUUAGUUUCUAGUUUUUCACCUUCUGAGAGCAAUGAGAUUUCCUGGUGCUUGAAAAGGGACCUCGCCUGCUCCGGGAAACCUGAAUACCAUUCCUUGUUUAUAAACUGUGGAGGACACAAGAUGACCUUUGAGAAUAAUGAAUAUGAAGAAGAUGUAACUCCAAGUGGGCCAUCUACCUUUAUUUUUGCAGAAAAAUGGGCUUAUAGCAGUACUGGACUUUAUAUGGGCAAUGAUAGUGCUGAAUUCAUAGCAAGAACAAGUUUUGGUUCAAAUGUGACUGGAGCACGAUUGUAUGAAUCUGCCCGCCUAGCUCCUCAAUCACUUAAGUACUAUGGCCUAUGUAUGCGGCAGGGAAGCUAUAAAGUGAAGCUUCACUUUGCUGAAAUUAUGUAUUCCAAUGAUCAAUCAUAUUGCAGCCUUGGGAGGCGCAUAUUUGAUGUAUCAAUUCAAGGAAAUGUAGUUUUGAAGGAUUUCAAUAUUAUGGAGAAAGCUGGAGGAGCUCGUAUUAGUCAUGUUGAGGAAUUUGAUAAUAUUUUGGUUAACGGCAGCUCUACACUAGAGAUACAUUUGUAUUGGUUGGGCAAAGGUACUACUGCAAUUCCAACAAGAAGUGUCUAUGGACCUCUCAUAUCAGCAAUUACGGUGACACCAAACUUCAAGGUUGAUGACGGAGGGUUGUUAGUCGCAGCGAUUAUCGGCAUUGUAGCUACUUCAUGCUUUGUUGUUGUGCUGAUCUUGUUAGUCCUCCGACGGAAAGGUUAUUUAGGGGUGAAGGACCUUGAAGAUAAAGAAUUUCGUGGACUAGAUCUCCAAACUGGUUAUUUCAGUCUAAGACAAAUUAAACAAGCUACCAACAGUUUUGAUGUGGCAAAUCAGAUUGGAGAGGGAGGAUUUGGGCCAGUGUACAAGGGAGUGCUGCCAGAUGGUACAAUAAUUGCUGUUAAGCAGCUGUCUUCAAAAUCGAAGCAAGGGAACCGUGAAUUUGUGAACGAAAUAGGCAUGAUAUCUGCCUUACAACAUCCUAACCUUGUGAGGCUGUAUGGCUGCUGCAUUGAAGGAAACCAACUGUUGUUAGUCUAUGAAUACUUGGAAAAUAACAGUCUUGCUCGUGCACUUUUUGGUCGUGAGGAACAACGACUUGAAAUGGAUUGGCCAACAAGAAAGAAAAUACUGUUGGGUAUUGCAAAGGGAUUAGCUUAUCUCCAUGAGGAGUCUAGGCUGAAAAUCGUACACAGAGACAUAAAAGCUACCAAUGUGCUUCUUGAUAAGGAUUUAAAUGCUAAGAUAUCAGACUUUGGCUUAGCCAAGCUUGAUGAAGAAGAAAACACUCAUAUCAGCACACGGAUAGCUGGAACAGUAGGUUAUAUGGCUCCAGAAUAUGCAAUGAGGGGUUACUUGACAGAUAAAGCAGAUGUUUACAGCUUUGGAGUUGUUGGUCUGGAGAUUGUAAGCGGGAAGAGCAACACCAACUACAGACCAAAGGAGGAGUUUGUUUAUCUUCUUGAUUGGGCUUAUGUGCUGCAAGAGCAAGGAAACCUUCUGGAACUUGUGGAUCCAAAUCUAGGAUCAAACUACUCAAAGCAAGAGGCAAUGAGUAUACUUAACCUGGCUUUAUUGUGCACCAACCCAUCACCCACAUUAAGGCCAUCAAUGUCUUCUGUAGUGAGCAUGGUGGAAGGCGAAAUUCCAGUCCAAGCUCUGAUAAUCAAGCGCGGUUCCAUGGACCAGGAUGCAAGGUUUAAAGCCUUUGAGAUUCUAUCACAUGACAGCCAAACUCACAUUCCCAUGUUCUCUCAGGAUAGUCAGGAUCAAAGAGGCGUGUCAACUGAUGGACCAUGGUUAGAUUCCUCAAUUUCUUCCCCAAGUAAUGAUGAGUCACGAGAGCAUUCAUCAAGCCGGCUUCUUAAGGAUCUUUAUGAUGUUAAAUUGGAGUAAUCAAAGCAGGAUUGAUAAAAUAGUAACUAUAUAUAUAAAUAAGUCUUGGUUGAUCCAGGAGAAAUAGUUUUGAUUAGUGUGUAUAGCUUCUUCCUUGUCCAAGUUUAACUUUAUUAGCCCUUCAACAUGUAAAUGAAAACCACCACCUUCUUGUGGUGAAACUUUCCCUAGAGUAAUCCAAACAUCAAGAAAUUGGUAGACAAA